GCAGCCAUGGGUCUCAGCGCCGCAGAAGGCGGAGGCGGCCUGGGCACCGGGGAUCUGGAAUCUCUUGUCGCCUAUAUCCAGAGCACUCUCUCUGCUCUGUACCCACCUUUUGAGGCCACGGCAGCCACGGUGCUCUGGCAGCUGUUGAGCGUGGCCGAGAGGUGCCACAGUGGGGACAGGCUGCACUGCCUCACCAGCUUCCUCCUCCCAGCCAAGAGGACCCUGCAGCACCUGCAGCAGGAAGCCUGUGCCAGGUACAGGGGCCUGGUCUUCCUGCACCCAGGCUGGCCGCUGUGCGUCCAGGAGAAGGUGGUGGUGCAGCUGGCGUCCCUGCACGGAGUCACGCUCCAGCCCGGGGAGUUCUACCUGCAGGUCACGUCGGCGGGGAAGCAGUCAGCUAGACUGGUCUUAAAAUGCCUCUCCCGGCUGGGAAGCGGCACAGAAGCAGUCACCAUCCCUGAGGCCAUGUAUGGCUGCGUCUUCACAGGGGCGUUCCUGGAGUGGGUGAACCGCAAGCAGAGCCGCGUCCCCCUGCAAACCUGCUUGCUGACCUCGGGCUUGGCCGUCCACCGAGCCCUCUGGAGUGACGUCACUGACCCUGUCUUGGUCCCCAGCCCUGGAACCAUCCUGCCCAGCAGCCCCUCAGAGGCCUCAGUGCCCAGCCAAGCCAUGGCAAGCCCCCGUUUCCAGGGAAGCACCCCUUCCCUCGACACCCUGACCCCCCACUACUGCCAUCGGCAUGUGGGUGGUGACCAGCCCAGGCACCUUCCUUACCCAGAAAGAGCGGAGCUGGAAAGCCCCAGGAUGCCGUCUAGAAGCUCAGACAGGGACUUCGUCAAGGUCAGCCCCUCAGAGUGGGGCCCACGGAUGCCCCCUGAGAACUGUGGGGGGCCGGGAAAGAGACCCGACCCCCUGGACCAGGAGGACGGCCCCAGGGCCCUCACCUUCCACACAGACCUGGGCAGCCCGAGCAGCAGGAGGCGGCCGCCUGGGGACCCCACUUGCCAGCAGUCCCGACGCUGGUUCAGGGAGUCAUACAUGGAGGCGCUGCGGAACCCCAUGCCCCUGGGCAGCUCUGAGGAGACCCUCGGGGACUCGGGCCGCAGCUCCCUGACUGGAGCCAGCAGGGACCUGGAGGCUGGGGCAGCGGCCAGUGGGACCCAGGAAGAAACCCCUGGCCCCUGGGGAGAUGCCCAGCAGACCCCAAGUCUAGAGAAGGAGAGGCGCACACCCAGCCGGGCAGGACUAGGAGUCUCGGGGCGGACCCUCCCCAGGAGGUCUUGGUCCCAGGAGAGGAUACCCAGAAGCUCUAGGGGGGCCCAGCCUACAGCCUGCCACACCUCACACCACUCAGCCAGGACUAGACCUGGGGGCCACCUAGGAGGACAAGCUGUGGGGACCCCAAACUGUGUCCCAGGAGAGGGUCCUGGCUGCACCAAAGAGGAAGACGUUCUUGCGCUCUCAGCCUGUGUGAGUGCCAACGGCGGCAGCCUCCGUUGCCAGAAGCCCUGCAGGCUUUCCGAUGUGCUUGCCCAGCAGCCGCACCCUGAGCAAGAAGGGUGGCCGCCCGGCGCGGGGGACCUCCCCAGGCAGGUGCUGGACGUCAGCCAGGAGCUGCUGCAGUCCGGGGUCAUCAUCCUCCCAGGGACCCGAGACCAUCAGGGCAGAGCGGUGGUGCAGGUCAGCACCGGGGGCCCGCUCUGGACCGGGGAGCACGCGUCCUGCACUGAGCUGACCCGCCUGCUGCUGUACCUCCAUAGCAUCCCCAGGAAGGAGGUCCGGGACCUGGGGCUGCUUGUCUUGGUGGACACCCGCAGGAGUCCGGCCUCCCCCGCCGUCUCCCAGGCCCUCGCGGGACUGCAGAACACAUCUCCUGUAAUUCAUAGUAUCUUGCUGUUGGUAGAUAAAGAAUCUGCAUUUAGGCCUGACAAGGAUGCAAUAAUUCAGUGUGAGGUCGUGAGCUCCCUGAAGGCCCUGCACAGGUUUGUCAGCAGCUCCCAGCUGACCGCAGACCUCGACGGCUCCUUUCCCUACAGCCACGGUGACUGGGUCUGCUUCCGUCAGAGGCUGGAACACUUCACCGCGAACUGCGAAGCGGCCAUCGUGUUCCUGCAGAAUUCCUUCUGCUCCCUGAACACCCACAGAAUCCCAAGAACAGCCCAGGAAGUCGCCGAGUUAACUGACCAGCACGAGACGAUGAUGAAGCUCGUCCUGGAAGACCCGCUGCUGGUGUCUCUCAGGCUGGAGGGGGGCACCAUCCUGGCACGGCUGAGGAGAGAAGAGCUUGGCACAGAAGACAGCCGGGACGCCCUGGAGGCCGCCAGAGGGCUGUACGACCGCGUGGAUGAGGAGGUGCACAGGCUGGUCCUCGCCUCGAACAACCGCCUCCAGCAGCUGGAGCGCCUCCGGGAGCUGGCCUCGCUCCAGGAAGGGGAUGACCAGCAAUCCUGCCAGAAAGGACUGCGGCUGGCGAAGGAGAACCCGCAGUGUACAGAGGAAAUGGCCCAGGAUUUCAGAGGGGACCUGAGCGCCGUGGUCAGCCAGGCCAAGUGGCGGGAGGGAGAGCUGGCCAGCUGGGCCCACCCCUCCGAGUCCUGCGAGACGGUGAGCGGCUGGACGGGGCCCCUGGACCCGGAGGCUCAUCCCUCCUCACCUGUGGCUGAGUAUGUGAGGAGCUGUCACCAGGAGGCUGCCUCGGUGGCUGCUGAGGCCUUCCCCGGAGCGGGCGUGGCAGUGCUGGAGCCUCAUGCCCUGCGGAGACCGUGGGCAUCGCAGCAGGGCUCCCAGACCCGGCUCCAUCUGGAAGAGGCCCUUUCUGAGGCCGCCCCAAGCCCCAGCUCACCUCCCCUUGUCCAGAGGCCCCCAAAGCAUGAGCAUGCCCAGGAGGCCAUGAGGAGGCCCCGUAGGCCACCCUCAGUCCCUACCCAACCACUGCCCGGCCUCCCUGGACGAGCCCUUCUGUGUAGACAGGACGGGGAGCCCCUAGGCCCAGGGCUGUGUGCUCUGUGGGACCCACUGUCUCCCCUCGGGGGCCUUCCUAGGGCAGGGGCCACCAAGGCCCACCCGGAGGACAGCUCUGCCUGCUCCUCUGAGCCCACCCAGACCCCGGCCAGCCGCCCCAGGAAACAUCCCCAGAAGAAAAUGAUAAAGAAAAUGCAAAGUUUUGAGAUGCCUCAGGCCCACAGUGGCCCCAGGGACUCCUGCCAGCCAGGCCACACCGGUGUCUUUAUCAAGGGCCUGGAGGUGACCAGCACUGUGGCCGCAGAGAAGGAGCCCCCGCUGGGACCGCACACCGGGAGCCCCCCAGUCACUCGGAGCCGGAGUCUGUCCUCUCCCUUGAGGCUCCACGCUGCUGAGGAGGACGGGAGGCGGCAGGUGGGCAGCAGCCGCCUGAAGCACAUCAUGGCCGAGAUGAUCACCACGGAGCGGGAGUACGUGCGGUGCUUGGCGUACGUCAUCGACAACUAUUUUCCGGAAAUGGAAAGAACGGACCUGCCACGGGGCCUUCGAGGGAAGCACGACGUAAUUUUUGGCAACUUGGAGAAGCUCCAUGACUUCCACCAGCAGCACUUCCUCCGAGAGCUGGAGCACUGCGGGCACUGCCCCUUGGCUGUGGGCCGCAGUUUCCUGAGACAUGAAGAGCAGUUCGGGAUGUACGCGACCUACAGCAAGAACAAGCCCCAGUCGGACGCCCUGCUCAGCAGCCACGGCAACGCCUUCUUCAAGGACAAGCAGCGGGAACUGGGCGACAAGAUGGACCUGGCCUCUUACCUGCUGCGGCCUGUGCAGCGCGUGGCCAAGUACGCGCUGCUGCUCCGGGACCUGCUCAAGGAGGCCGGCCGCGGCCCGGCCCACGGGCAGGAGCUGGGCGAGCUCCGAGCCGCCGAGGUCAUGGUCUGCUUCCAGCUGCGCCACGGCAAUGAUCUGCUGGCCAUGGAUGCCAUCCGUGGCUGUGACGUGAAUUUGAAAGAGCAGGGGCAGCUGAGAUGCCGGGAUGAGUUUGUCGUUCUCUGCGGGAGGAAGAAGUACAUGAGGCACGUGUUUCUCUUUGAAGACCUCAUCCUGUUCAGCAAGACCCAGAAGCUGGAGGGCGGCCACGACGUCUACCUGUACAAGCAGUCCUUCAAGACGGCUGAGAUCGGGAUGACACAGAACGUCGGGGACAGUGGCUUGAGGUUUGAGAUUUGGUUUCGCAGGCGGCGGAAAUCUCAGGACACCUACAUUCUCCAAGCAAGCUCGGCAGCGGUCAAGAGCAGGUGGACAGACAUCAUAGGGAGGAUCCUGUGGCAGCAGGCGCUGAGGAGCAGAGAACUCAGGAUCCAAGAAAUGGCGUCCAUGGGGAUAGGGAACAAGCCAUUCCUGGACGUCCAGCCCAGCAGUGCAGCGAUCAGCAGCCGGGCCCACGGCUGCACCGUCCAAGGCACAGAGUCACAAGCGAGAGGGUCCACAGCGGUGCCCUCCUUCGACCAUGCCGCCCCCUGCAAGCGGCCACACUCCACCAUCUCGGACAGCAGCACCUCCUCCUCCAGCAGCCAAGCCUCCAUCCUGGGGUCGCCAGGCCUGCUUGUGUCCGCCAGCCCAGCCCACCCGGGCCUGUGGAGCCCUGCCCACGGCCCCUGGUCAUCUGACAUCAGAGCCUGCGUCGAGGAAGAUGAGCCAGAGCCAGAGCUGGAGACGGGCACCCAGGCUGCGGUGCGUGAGGCUCCCACUGUGCCACUGAGCCGGGCACGCCAGGCCUGACGGCUGUCGGGGUACAGAUGCCCAUCAGGCGGCCAGGACGAUACACAGGGAGCAGUAGGGCAUGUGUCCAGGUGUUUCCCAGGAUUUUAGAUACUCCCAAACAUUUUCAAACAAAUUUAAACUUUUAUUUAAAAAACAAAGCUUCCAUUUCCACCCAAGACAACAUCAUAGGAAACAGACUGAAAACAAAAGAAACAGACAAAACAUGAAACAGAUGUCAAGACAGACAUUUGGCAACAAAGGACCGUGAUCCCUGAGAGACAGGAGGACGGCAGGUGAGCCUGGAGGUGCCCCAACCUCUGCCCUGAGAGGUUCCAGGCCUCAGUGCAGGGAGAGUCCAGGAAGAGCCCAGCAGCCUCCGUGAGCUGGAGAGACCACAUCAGCAGGCGUUUGAGGUCAGAGAGACACCUGCUGGAGAAGGACUCACCCGAUCGGCCCCUCCAGUGGGGUGCUACCCAUUCACACACUCCAGCAGGGAGGCUGCCAGGCUGGGAGAAACCUUUGACUGAAGAUCAGUUCCUGGUGCUCACGUGGGCUGGGGACAGGACCCAUUCCCAGCAGACAGCCUGUGAGCAUUAGGUGGAGUUCUCAGAAGGUCGUGCCUCAGGAGUGGGGAUAAUUAGCCCUAGAAUGAGCCCUGCUCCUGACCAACCUACAAAAUCAUAAAAGCAAGACCAAAACUGAUCAGACUUUUGCAGAUAAUUCACUCCAUCCCCGAACAAAGCUCUAGAUGAUCUCUAGUUCCCGAAGUGUCUGCACCCUGCAGGGUAAACGCAGGGUGCCCGACCUCACAGUUCACGGCUUGCAGAGGCGCAGCAAAGUGCAGACAUGCCAGGGAGAGUCACCGCCGGGCAAGCCGACCGUGCAGAGCCGGCAUUGGAGCGAGAACAACAGAACUCACACCGUGGCUGCACUUGCAUCCCAGACGUCCAAAAAGUUCAGAAAUCGCAUGGAAGAGACCAAGAAGACCCAGACUGGCCUUAUGGGGAGAGAACCCACAAUAUUGACAGUGAAAACUACCCUGGAUGGGGGAACUGGCUGGAUUUCACAGAAGAGACUGUGAGGCAGCUUCAAGAGGCAUCGGUGGAAGCUGGUUGCAUUAGUCAGGUCUCCCAGACAGAAGCAAUAGGAGAUAGCUUGAUGUAUAUACAGACAGAUAGAUCAAUAGAUAGGUAGACAGACCAGCAGACAGCUCAGAGGGGCCUUGGGGGGUCAGCUGACACAAUUGUGGCAGG